AAUGUAACAGGAAAGCAUAUAUAAUUUGAUUCCAAAGGAGUAUGUACCUCCACCUAAAGAACCAAUGUAUAGAUCAGCUUAUCCUAAUGGUUUGGUACCAACAGCCAGUACCUUCAACAAUCAUACAACCAGUCGACCUAAAGUUGCUAUACAUUAAUAUUUAGGUCAACAACAUUAAUGGUGAUUUUGACUUAGUAAAAGGACCACAUACACAUAAGGGUUAAUCACAUUCUCUUGGAAAACCUAAGGGUAAUUUAUAAUAUUGAAUAAGGUUCAUAUAAGCCAGAUGCUACAAUGUUUAGGAUGAAGAAUACUGGAACAAUGGGAUCUAAUUAAUUGCCUGAGAGUAAUCAUCUAUUUUUAUAGGAUAGUUUAAUCAUUCAAGUAUCCACAAUCAUGCAAGGCGGCAGUUCCAAAAAAAGAUGAAAAACCAAUUCAUGGACUCAAAUCAAAUAAGAAUUUUAUUGUUACGAAUGCAGUUGAAAAUAUACUUUCAGCUCCAAAAUAAAUUACAGAAGAGAAGGCUUGGACUGAAAAAAAAGAUUAUGGAAAAGUACCAGAUUAUUUAACUAAAAUCUAAAGCAGCAUCAAUAAUGAAUAUGAAAUCAUUAGAAAUAUGCAUAUGAAUGAAGCUGAGGAAAGGGACAAAUAAAAAUAUUUAAUGACUCUUGAAGAAGUAGAACGUUUAAAAUUAGGAUUGAAAAAGAAAUGGGAAUCUGUGAAUAAAGAGUAUUAAUCAAUUACACAUAUAAGAAUGAUUGACACAGUAGGAUUAAAAAGAAAGUAUAAAUUGAUUUUAUAAUAUUAGAAAGGAGUAAUGUGAAAAAGAAUUGGCUUUGUUAGAAAAAGAUAUAGAAAAAUUAAAUAAAAACUAUGUUUUCAUAGACACAUAGAAAUGA